CUGUCCUCAUCACCAGCGGGGGGCAGCAAUGCGGUAACACUGCCUAGUCUGCCGGGAAUGGACAGAGGAAGAAGAAGAAGAAGAAGACGACUACCGUUCAUAUGUUACCGACCUAAACACCGGAGCAGCCAGCGGAGAGGAGCCGUUAGCCGGUAUCCAAAUAACGGCAGAAAACCCCCGAGGAAUUAGUCUGCUACUCUGACAUGGACCGACACCGGAAACAGCUGGAGGUGGUUUUAAAACCGGAGACGAAGCUGCGAGGAGAAGCUUUACCUUCAGAUGUCCAGGAAGUGAUUGUUGGUGAAGAACAGCAGCAGGAGUGGAGCUCCAGUCUGGACCAGGAAGAGCCAGAGCCCCCACACAUUAAAGAGGAACAGGAGGAACUCUCGAUCGGUCAGGACCCAGAGCAGCUUCAAGGGCUGGAGGAGGCCGAUAUCACCAAGUUCCCAUUCACUUCUCUCCUUGUGAAGGGUGAAGAUGAUGAAGAGAAACCUGUGGACUGUGGAGGACCAGAACCAGCCAUUGACAGUUUGCCUUCACAACCUGAUGAUGACAAGAAUGGAGACUCUUCUGAACCUGAGACUGAUGACAGUGAAUGGAAGGAGACCAGAGAACCUCAGUCAAGUUUAAACUCUCUGAAUAAUGAGGAAGUCCCUGUCUGUGAUUCAAGAUGUGGUACUGGUGAGAAAGCAUUUAGCUGCUCAGUCUGUAAGAAAGCUUUUUCAGUGAGUAGAAAUUUACAUAGACACAUGAGAACCCACACAGGAGAGAAACCAUUUAGCUGCUCAAUCUGCCAGAAAGCUUUUACAGUGCGAGGAAACUUAAAGACACACAUGAGAACCCACACAGGAGAAAAACCAUUUAGCUGCUCAGUCUGUCAGAAACCUUUUACAAUGAGUGAAAAUUUACAGGCACACAUGAGAAUCCACACUGGAGAGAGACCAUUUAGCUGCUCAGUCUGUAAUAAAGCUUUUAUACAGAAUGGACACUUACAGAAACACAUGAGAAUCCACACAGGAGAGAAACCAUUUAGCUGCUCAAUCUGUAACAACGCUUUUACAGACCGUGCACAUUUACAAAGACACACGAGAAUCCACACAGGAGAGAAGCCAUUUAGCUGCUCAGUCUGCAAGAAAGCUUUUACAAUGAGGGAAAUGUUACGUGCACACAUGAGAAUCCACACUGGAGAGAAACCAUUUAGUUGCUCAGUCUGUAAGAAAGCUUUUACAGAGAGUGGACAUUUAAAGGCACACAUGAGAGUCCACACUGGAGAGAAACCAUUUAGCUGUCCAUUCUGUGAGAAAACUUUUAUACUAACAUGCCAGACCAAAGAGCUGUCCAAAGACACUAGAGACUAA